AUGCAUGAGUAUUCGAUGGAGAAGGGCUUCAAGUCCGACGAAAUGGUCUACACGAACGCUACGAAUUCAAAGAGUGUUAUUAUGAACUUCACUGGAGACGCAGAAUACGACGUUGAUACACGUGAAAUGCCUGGAGAAUCUGUUCCUUUUUCAAUAUGGACCAGAUUACGUCAAUGGUCAGGCAUGAUUGGGGCAGAAGAGUUCGGUAUCGAACGCAUACUGGAGCACAUGCGUACAGAUCAACACCCUCGUGACUAUUUCACCAUUUUCUUCGCGGCAAAUUGUAACGCUGCGACUUUAGCAACUGGUUUUCUUGGUCACGUAACGCUUUAG